CAGGAAGUUGGCGGCACAGAACAGAAUACUCGAAAUUGGGAGAGUUAACUUUGGUUUACUAUCUGGUUCAAAAUUUGUAGAUGAAUGAAUCUUUAUUUCAAACAUGAUUUAAAGAAUAAAGCUUAAAAAAAAAAACUAUCACUGUUCGAAAAACAUGUUCUCCACAUGGGUGCAGUACCACACGUCUCUAGCAGAGGGCGCACUCCUUAUGUUAUCUGUUUAAUGUUAGGUUUCAGAAUUGGAGAAAGCUGGAGAGCUUGAAGUAGUCUUAAUGAUUUACGCCUAUAUACAUAAGAAUGUGUUGGGUGGUGUUAUAUUGUCAAAAUGAAUUUCUGUCAACCGGUUGCUUCCAGAAGACGUCGGGGUUUCUACUGGUGAUUGGUUUAAUUCAAAAUCGUGUCGUCCAAUAGUCGAGCAGCUUUGGCGCGGGCUCUUCUUGAAUGCACCAAUCAGCGCUGUCUCGCCCAAAUAAAAACAGUCAGCCAUCGUAGUGGUUUCCCACUAUCGUUUGUAGAACAGGAAGUAUGGCAAGAACCAAGCAGACAGCACGUAAGUCCACCGGAGGCAAAGCCCCCAGGAAGCAGCUGGCUACCAAAGCUGCGCGUAAAAGCGCCCCUGCAACCGGCGGCGUCAAGAAGCCUCAUCGCUACAGGCCGGGUACCGUGGCUCUCCGCGAGAUCCGCCGUUACCAGAAGUCCACCGAACUCCUCAUUCGCAAGCUCCCCUUUCAGCGUUUAGUCAGGGAGAUCGCUCAGGAUUUUAAAACCGAUCUGCGCUUCCAGAGCUCCGCAGUCAUGGCGCUGCAAGAGUCAAGCGAGGCGUACCUGGUUGGAUUGUUUGAGGACACAAAUUUGUGUGCCAUCCACGCCAAGAGGGUCACCAUCAUGCCCAAAGACAUCCAGUUGGCACGUCGCAUCCGCGGGGAAAGAGCUUAAGCUCUCACCCUACGACCUCAACGGCUCUUUUGAGAGCCACCACUUUCUAACUUAAGGGCUCAUUCCAACAUUUGUGACAUUAACUUAUUGAUGCGUCAAGGCACUCAUUUUCGCUGAAC